GUCCCCGACGGCGAGUGUGCGUGCUUCUCUAGUAUCGAAUUCGGACCACGCGAUGCUCGUCUCGACAAGGAAGGGCUUGACUACUCGAGGUUUCUGGAGAUCGCGCCCAUGUUAACGAAUCAAGCUGGUGUGAUAGGACAGGACGCCGAGUCCUUAUCGCACAGUCUUGAGGUGAAGAUGCGAGAACUAUGCGAUGGGUACGCACACCUGAAUCGUCUUGCAAUGGAGGCUCCGUUGGGCAUCGCUAGUGCGGCGUCGUCCCACACGUGCCGGAUCGCCGGCGGAAGGCGAUCUAUCUUAGAUGCUAUCUCAGGCUGGGACGCGGAACGUCAUCGAGCUAUCAUCGAUGAAUUACGAGAUGCCAAGCAAGAUCUUGACAUGCGGACCGAAGCGAUUGAGGCUAGAGCACGCCCAACAGGGCGACGACGUCGGACCGUCACACAGGCAAGCAUGUGCGACACCAAAGCAAGGGCCGCAGGGCGGAUGAGCACAGAACAGCUGCUUCACAGCGUGUCGCUCCGCACGUAUCGAGGCGGUUGCCAUGGAACAUCAUCGCUCGCUGGUCGGACCAGACCCGCCACGCCAAUAGCAGCCGCCACAAAGACGAAGUCUGCCGCAUUAUCUCUGAAACGUCAGAUAGUGUCUGCUUCUAAGGUUGCUGCGGUAAAGAAGCGGUACAAUAAUUCUGUCGCAGCUGUGGCAACGCCGGCCGAAUCCGCAGAAAGGAUCGACACCGUUAUAAAGGCGGCACGGCGUGCCGCCUGCGAUGCAGAGCGCGUCGCCGGCGAUGUGCCCCGCCAUGCGUGCGAGCACAAGCGUGCACUUCAGCAUAAUAGCCCAUCGCCAUCGGACGCGCUGUGCCCUUGGGACGUCGAAUCAAACAUGAACGACAUUAGCAGCCUGUAUGUUGUACGGGUCGCCCAGCCUGAGAACUUUGGUCAUGUUUAUCCUCAUUCCUCGAGUGCGACAAGUAAACCCCUAAUGUCCCCGUCGAGGAACCUGAAUUUCACCGAUGAGGCGGCCUCACACUUUCACAGUCGCAAUUACCACGUCGGCGAUGAGCUCUUUCUGGCAGCUCCCACAAUGCAAGGGCGCUCUUCUUUUGGUGCACUGUCCUUGGACCAUGCGCAACCCUUCUCAAGGAACGUGCGACUCCUUACCCACGACUGCGGCCAUCCCACACAAGACCCCAACAGAAAUAUCCUCCAGCACUCUCAUGACCUCGCUAUUGCAGGCCUCGCUGCGGAGCCCGUGUUUAUCCCCGAAGCCUGAGGUUCCAGCUCCAUGUGGCUGG